AUGGUCUGCCCGUGGAUGCCCCAACUCCUGUCCUGGACGGUGAUCCUGGCGCUCUUUUUCCUUCCCCAGGCACGGCCGGCCGGCAUUUUUGAGCUUCAGAUCCAAUCUUUCCGACCGGCACCAGACCCAGGGGCCCCCAGGUCCCCCUGCAGCUCCAGGCCCUCAUGUCGCCUCUUCUUCAGGGUCUGUAUGAAACCAGGGGUCUCUGAGGAGGCCGCGGAGUCUCCGUGCGCCCUGGGCGCGGCGCUGAGUGUGCGCGGACCGGUGUACACCGAGCAGUCGCGGGCUCCAGCGGCUGACCUGCCUCUGCCCAUAGGCCCCAUGCGCGUACCCUUCCGGAACGCCUGGCCGGGCACCUUCUCUCUCAUCAUCGAAACGUGGAGAGAGGAGUUAGGAGAGCAGACUGGAGGGUCCGCCUGGAGCCUGCUGGCGCGCGUGGCUGGCCGGCGCCGCCUGGCGGCUGGGGGCCCUUGGGCUCGGGACGUGCAGCGCGCAGGCUCUUGGGAGCUGCGUUUCAUUUACCGAGCGCGCUGCGAGCCACCGGCCAUCGGGGCCACGUGCGCGCGCCUGUGCCGCUCGCGCAGCGCCUCCUCGCGGUGUGGCCCAGGACUGCGCCCCUGUACUCUCGCUGAGGACGAGUGCGAGGCACCGCUGGCAUGUCGAGCUGGUUGCAGCCCAGAGCAUGGCUUCUGUGAGCAGCCUGAUGAAUGUCGAUGUAUGGAGGGCUGGACUGGGCCCUUCUGCACAGUCCCAGUCUCCACCAGCACCUGUCCGAGCUCCAGGGGUCCAUCCGCUGCUGUCACUGGAUGCCUUGUACCUGGCCCUGGGGCCUGUGAUGGGAAUCCGUGUGCCAACGGGGGCAGCUGUAGUGAGACACUUGAGUCCUUCGAAUGUGCCUGUCCCCGUGGGUUUUAUGGGUUGCAGUGUGAGGUGAGCGGGGUGACGUGUGCGGAUGGACCUUGUUUCAAUGGCGGCUUGUGUGUGGGAGGUGCAGACCCCGACUCUGCUUACAUCUGCCACUGCCCGCCCGGUUUCCAAGGCUCCAACUGUGAGAAGAGGGUGGACCGGUGCAGCCUGCAACCGUGCCAGAAUGGUGGGCUCUGCCUGGACCUAGGCCAUGCCCUGCGCUGUAGUUGCCGCGCCGGCUUCGCCGGGCCACGCUGUGAGCACGACCUGGAUGACUGCGCUGGGCGCGCCUGCGCCAACGGCGGCACGUGUGUGGAGGGCGGUGGCUCGCGCCGCUGCUCCUGUGCGCUGGGCUUUGGAGGCCGCGACUGCCGCGAGCGCGCGGACCCUUGUGCCGCACGGCCCUGCGCCCACGGCGGCCGCUGCUACGCCCACUUCUCUGGCCUCGUCUGCGCCUGUGCACCCGGCUACAUGGGCUCGCGCUGCGAGUUUUCGGUUCACGCCUACGACGAUGGCCCGGAAGACGAGGACAGCAGAGGCGCAUUGCCCGCGGUCCCACCCGGCCUGCGGCAAAGUGACCCACGGCGCUUCCUUUUGCCACCGGCUUUGGGGCUGCUGGUGGCCGCAGGCUUGGCCGGCGCUGCGCUUUUGCUGGUUCACCUGCGACGCUGUGGCCCUGGCCGAGAUACUGGGUCUCCCCUGCUGGUGGGGACUCCAGAGCCGUUCGUUCACGCUGUCCCGGACGCACUCAACAACCUGAGGACGCAGGAGGGUUCCGGGGAUGGCCCGAGCUCGUCCGUAGAUUGGAAUCGCCCCGAAGAUGGAGAUGCUCCUGAGAUUUACGUCAUACCUGCUCCUUCGGUCUAUGCUCGGGAGGCCUGACCUGCUUCUUGACCAUCAGCACCUGGAGACAGCCUGAAUAUUUUUUUAUUUACU